GACGGGCCGCGGCGCGACCUGGGCCAAGCUUGGCGCGCGGCUGGGUCUGUCCCGGGCGCGGCGGCCGCUUUCGCGUCGGGCUCCUGAUCGUGAUGGAUUCGAAGGCGAAAGUCGGGAGGAAAGAGUUGCUUCUCUUCGCGUCCGUGAUCCUGUGCUCGCUGGCUCUGGGCAGGGGAGCCGUGUACACUUCCAACUCCGAGGUCAAAAUUCCCGAGGAUAAACCUGCCAAGUUGUCCUGCUCCUACUCUGGCUUCUCCUCUCCCCGAGUGGAGUGGAAGUUUGCCCAGGGUGAUAUCACCAGCCUCGUUUGCUAUAACAACAAGAUCACAGCUCCCUUUGAGGACAGAGUCACCUUCUCCAACACUGGCAUCACCUUCCACUCCGUGACCCGGAAGGACACGGGGAUGUACACAUGCAUGGUCUCUGAUGAAGGCGGCACCGCCUACGGGGAGGUCAGCGUCCAUCUCAUUGUCCUUGUGCCGCCAUCCAAACCCACGGUCAACAUCCCCUCCUCCGCCACCAUCGGGAGCCGGGCGGUGCUGACCUGUUCGGAGUCAGAUGGCUCCCCGCCCUCUGAGUACCUGUGGUACAGGGACGGGGCCCUGAUGCCUCUGGAGCCCAAGAGAAACCGUGCCUUCAGCAACUCUUCCUACAGCCUGAACCCCAAGACAGGGGAGCUGGUCUUCGAUCCCGUCUCGGCCGCUGACACCGGAGAGUACUCUUGCCAGGCCCAGAACGGGUACGGGACCCCUGUGAUGUCCGCCGCGGUGCGCAUGGAGGCCGUGGAGCUGAACGUCGGGGGCAUCGUGGCAGCUGUCCUAGUCACACUCAUUCUCCUUGGACUCCUGGUUUUCGGCAUCUGGUUUGCCUACAGCCGGGGCUACUUUGACAGAAAGAAGAAAGGGACCGAGAGCAAGAAGGUCAUUUACAGCCAGCCCGCCGCUCGGAGCGAGGGGGAGUUCAGACAGACCUCGUCCUUCCUGGUGUGAGCCUCCCGGGUCUCGCCGCCGCCUUCCUUGGGUGCUGCGGACUCUGGCCCUGAAGCGCCGUCCCCAGGAGGCCUGGCAUCUUCCCGCCCGCCCGCGGCCCCCUCUGUUGUCACUGGGAUGUGUUUUUAAUGUCAGCCCCGCACCCUCCCCUCCUGCCCGCACUGCGGCCCUGUGGCUCCAGCAGGAGCCGGGCCCGCCCGCCGCUCCCUGUCCUCGGAGGCGGGAGCCAAGGGACCUCGGCUGCGGACACCCCGCGGUCUGGGGGCUGCACGCCGCGGCUCAAGGGGUGGUUUGCCGGCAUCAGUUUCUUCCGCCUCUGCGCCCCCCCCCCCACCAAAGCGCACAAACAAGGACCCCCGGUGUCUGGAGGAGCGGGCCUGGUUGUGGGGAACAUCCAAGCUCGCGGGGUGCGAAGCGGAGUCGGCGCUCCGGCCCUGGAGGAGAAGCGGGUGCGGUGGCUGCGCAGCCGGAGCGCCCGCCCUGCCCGCGGUGGCAGCGCCUCGUGGGCCCCCGGGGGUGGGGGGUGGGGCAGGAGUGCACGUCAGGCUUCCCAGCUCCUCGGUGAGGUUGUUUGAGUCUUCGGAUGAUGCUGGAAAUAAAACCUUGGAUCGUGGAAGCUCCUGUGGUGAGUGGGAGGUGAGGUUCUUCGACUCCUUUGUACCGACAAGGAAACGCCUGAAGCCCCGCUCCUGCCCCCUCCUCUCGAGGUGGAGCUUCUGAGACCCUGACCCUCCUCCCAGCCCCUGUGGUGGCGCCCGUGGCUGGCGAGGGCUCCCAGGCAGGCUGCGGGGUCAGUCACCCCACCCCCGCCUCCAGCUCGUCACAGACCGCAGGGCUGCAGGUGAGGGCGUCGGCCCAGCAGGGCUCUCAGGCUUGGAGAGCUGCACCUCCCGCAGGAGGGGAGCACCUGGCGGCUUCACCUGUGGGUGCCGGUCGGGAAGAGACCGCCUGGGACGGCGUGCGGCUGUGUGUGUGUGUGUGUGUGUGUGUGUGAGAGAGAGAGAGAGAGAGGGAGAGAGCAGGCCUGCCCAGCCUCACCUUUCUCUCCCCACUCUGAUCCUUCUUUGCUCUUAAAUGACUGGCCCCGCCAGUCCCGGUCUGUGGCAUAACCAGCGAACAUGGCGUCCCAGCAGCUUUGUGCUGUUUCUGUGGGACCGCAAGCACCACUCGCCACAUCCUGCUGCCUUGGAAAUCCCGGCGGAACUGGUUCCAAAAAGAAAAACAACCACCAAGUAAAGGUCACUCACUAAUAAGAAUCCCCAGACAGAAAUAAAAUCUGAUUAGCCAAUGAAAGUAGAGAUUAGGACACAUUCAGGAGGAGUGUGAAGCGGGUUUCGGAUCUGGGUCCUUGUGGGGAGAAGGUGGGAGUGAGGGAGGGCCGGCGUGGGAGCCACUUGUGUGAGUCAGCUGUUGCCACCUUGGAAUUCACCUCUGGCUGCAACAGCCCCUUUGGGAAAACAUGUCAGCUUUGUGGAAUGUCAAAACCAUUUUUUAAAAUAAGUUGUUCACAUUGAGUUUAUUUAAAUCCUGAAGUAAUACAUUUAAAGAAUUUUGUCCUUCAAAAUCCUCCUGGUAGUCUUACUGAUUAAGAAAUUUGCCCUGACCAGUUUGGCUCAGUGGAUAGAGUGUCAGCCUGCGGACUGAAGGGUCCAGGUUCGAUCCUGGGUUGUGGGCUUGCUCCCCAGUGGGGGGCGUGCAGGAGGCAGCCGAUUCAUAAUUAUCAUCAUGGAUGUUUCAGUGUCCCUCUGCCUCUUCCUUCCUCUGGGAAAUAAAAAGAAAAGAAAUUCGCGAUAGCUUUCCCUAAGACUUGAUGAUUAUACUUUAACUAGUGGCCUGGUGCAUGAAAUUUCUGCAUGGGGGAGGGGGUCCCCUCAGCCCAACCUGUACCCUCUCCAAACCAGGACAUUCCUCUCACAAUCUGGGACUGCUGGCUCCUAACUGCUCGCCUGCCUGCCUGCCUGCCUGAUCACCCACAACUACCCCCCUCUGCUGGCCUGGUUUUCCCUAACUGCCGUCCCCCCAACCCCGCCACCCUGGUCACCCCCAACUGCUCCCUCCCCUCCCCACCCCUGCCGGCCUUGUUGCCUCACGCAGCCUUCUUUUCACUCGUUUGGUCGCCCCUCACUAACCCCCCUGCUGGCCUGGUCGCCCCACGCAGCCUGCUGUUCGGUCGUUACUGUUACUGCGUCCCGGACAAUUUGCAUAUUCCUCUAUUAUUAAUAUAGAUUUGGCCUGUGCUUAAAUGGGAAUGACAGACUGGGAGGUGGAUACCAGCACAAUUUCCUGGACAUGAUGUCUGUCUGACAUGAAUCCACCAGAACAGGGAAGAAAUGGUUGAGUGUUAAGUUUUCCCAUUUUGCUGAGAGUUUUUAUCAAAAAUGGGUAUUGAAUUUUGUCGAAUGCUUUUUCUGUGCCUAUUGAUAUGAGCAUGUGAUUUUUGUCUCUCAGUUUGUUUAUGUGAUGUAUCACAUUUAUUGAUUUGCGUAUAUUGUAUCAGCCUUGAAUCCUUGGAAUAAAUCCCACUUGGUAAUGGUG